GGCUGUGUGACACUCAGGUGGAAGGUUCAACGCGUCACGUGUUCAAGGCGCGGCCCACCCCAGGGUGCCCGGCGCGUGUGAAGAAGAGCGACACUCUCAUUUCUCUGGAGAGCAGCACGAACAGGAGUCCCGAUGUCUUUCGAUCUGGCGUCAGCUAUCGGUGGGGAGGAAGAAGUGAAGAAGGAAGACGCUCAGAAGGAUGAGAUAACAUGGCCCUGGAACAAGGAUAAGGACUCUAAGGACAAGUCUGACAAAGGUGACAAAAAGCACAAAUCUGAUAAAGGUGACAAAAAGCACAAAUCUGAUAAAGGUGACAAAAAGCACAAGUCUGAUAAAGGUGACAAGUCUCAUAAAAAGCACAAGGACCACGACGGCGGAGAGGGCAAGAAGAAGAAGAAGAAGGAUAAAAAGGAAUCGAAGCAUGGACAUGGAUCUGGAUCUGGCUCCUCAUGCUCAUCCUCUUCCUCCUCCUCCUCAGGCUCCUCCUCCUCCAGUGAGGAUUGAUGCUAGCUGGGCACCGCUCUCUCGGUCUCUGAGCAUCUAUUUUACAAAAUGACCGUGUGGAGUAGUAAUAACUUUCCUUGCAUUGAUUGUGUAAAUGAAUCUGCCGAUUCCGAAAAAUAAAUGUUGCGAGUGUCAAGUU